AUGGCACCCAGCCGCUGGAAUAUCAGCCCGAUGCUGAUGUUCUCGGUCGGUGUUUUGGUCUUGUCGGCUUUUAACUAUGGUUUCAGUGAUCAGGCUUUUGCUUCGUGUCAGGCGAUGGACUCGUUUACUCGCCAGUUCGGUGUUUAUAGUGAGAAAACGCACAAGUAUAAGCUGGAGCCGCUAUUCAAGUCCCUUUAUAACAGUUUGAAGGCUGGAGGACAGAUUCUUGGUUUGUUCCGCCUGUUCCUUUCUCAUACAUUGUGUGCUCAUUGUUCCGUCUUCUCCUCAGGUGUCUUUCUCGGUGGCUAUGUGAGCAAUACAUACGGACGUCGGAUGUGCAUCUUCGCCAUGAGUGUAUAUGCGCUCGGCAGUACAUCCGUCGUAAUUAGCUCUAAGACAGUAGCCCAAAUUCAAGCUGCCAGAGCCCUUCACUAUAUCUACCUCGGUAUGCAAAUGGCCGUCAUCCCAACAACCCUAUCCGAACUCGCACCCGCCAAAAUCCGUGGUGGAAUGGGAGUUCUAUACUGGCUGAGCAUCAAAGUCGGAGGCCUCGUCGUGACAUCCAUCACCCGCGGAACCGAAAACAUCAAAUCCAACGCUGCAUGGCAGAUCCCAUUUGGUCUGAUUCUCAUCAUUCCUUUCACCGUGUGCUGUUUGGUAUGGUUCUCCGUCGAAUCUCCGAGAUGGUUCCUUCUCCGCGAUCGGCGCAAGGAAGCAUUCGAGGCUGUCAGACGGCUCAAGUCAAAGGAUACGUCCGACGAGGAGCUGCAUGAAGAAUUUGAGAUUAUUUGCGAAAAGGUUGCUCUGCAGCUCCAGAAGCGAAGCUUCAAAGAUCUAUUCACCAAGGAGAACCGACAGCGUACGUUUGUCAUUGCUGCUUGCAAUUUCUUCCAGCAAGCUACUGGUCAAGCGUUCGCGUCGCAGUACGGAACUCUGUUCGUGAAGCAGUUGAAUUCCGUCAAUCCAUUUAGCGUAUCACUGGGUACAAAUGCGGUCGAUAUUGGAGCAAUUGCUACUUCAGGAUUGCUCAUUGACCAAGUUGGGCGCAGGAUGAUGUUCCACGUCAGCUCAACCAUGCAAACGACCUUUUUGAUGACCAUGGGCGCUCUUGGAACGGCAGAUCCAAGCAACCUCGCAGCCAAAAAAGGCAUCGUGGCCAUGUUGGUAUUAUACAGCUUCAGUUGGUCUCUCGGCUGGGCGCCCCUUGUAUACGUGCUCGGUGCAGAGCUCCCCUUGUCACCUUUGCGAGAAAUGACACUACAAAUUGCUUAUACGGUUAAGUUGCUUACCGAAUUUGCCGUGACUUUCUCCUACCCAUACAUGGAAACUGCCGAUACACCAGGUCAUGUCUAUCUAGGUGGUAAACUCGGAUUCAUCUACGGCUCCAUCUCGGUUGUGGCUAUUGUCUUUGGGUUCUUGUUCAUUCCCGAGACCAAACGCUUGGAGCUGGAGGAUAUCGAUCAGCAGUUUGCUGUUUCGGAGGAAGAUGAUAUCAAAAAGGUUGAGGAUCAAUCGUAUACGGGGCGGACUAUCUCUACUAAGGUUCCUAAAUAA